GACUAUCAGAUUACAACACGGAAGAGGCUCCCAUCAACAAAUGAGUCAGACGCACAUCUCGUUUCCUAGUGUCAAAAUGUUGUAGGUUUUUAACCGGCCUAGAAAAUGUCGUCUACGGCAUUGCAAGAAGAGUUUCCCCUUCAUUGGCUUGUUUGGGAUAACAAGUACCAGGAUUUGGAUAGAGAGCUCGCUCGUGAUGUUCAUGAGUUGGAGAAGCUGGAUCCCCGUGGGAGGACUGCCUUACAUCUUGCUGUCACGCUAGGACAUAUAGAGAGCACACGGGUAUUGGUGCGAUAUGGAGCCUCGACGAUGGCUGAAAACAAAGGCAACUGGUCAGUGCUACAUGAGGCAGUAAGCACAGGUGAUCCAGAGUUGGUUCAACUGGUUCUCAAACACAGGGACUACCAGCGGUACAGCAAGAGGACCGUCGGCGUGCCGGAACUUUUACAGAAAUUGAAGGAGUCGUCCGAUUUCUACGUGGAGAUGAAGUGGGAAUUCACCAGCUGGGUGCCUUUGGUGUCCCGAAUGUGCCCGAGCGACACCUACCGAGUAUGGAAAAGUGGUUCCAAUGUGAGGAUAGACACAACCCUGCUAGGGUUUGACAAUAUGUCCUGGGAGAGAGGCAGUAGAAGUUACAUAUUUAAAGGAACAGCUAACAGUGCUACCGUGAUGGAGGUGGACCAUGACAGAAGAGAAAUUUUCUCUGAAACGAUGCAGAUCCUUCCCCCGAACUUUGAUAUAUCAGUGAUGAAUCCCUCCGAUGACUCAGUAGCGGCCCGCCUCACCAACCCUCUGGUCACCACCUUCGUCGACACAGAAAAGAUAUCCUUUGAGAGGAACAAGUCUGGUAUCCUGGGCUGGAGAAGUGAUAGAAGUGAGACUGUCAAUGGCUACGAAUCCAAGGUGUUUGGAGCGUCUAACGUGGAGUUAGUGACGAAGACGCGUGUUGAGCACCUGUCGGAACAGGACAAACAGAAAUCCAAGAAGAACAAUAAGACGCCCCUCGAGUCGUUCCUUGGGGUGGCUGAGGAGCAAAACAAGAAACAAGGAGCCUCAAAUGGAGAUGUGUCGUCCGUGAUGUUUAACCCCAGUGCUAUCACACCCGAGGAAUACUUUAACUCCUUUAUAGACUUAAGUGACCGAGAUAUUGGUCGUCCAAUUGAUCAAACGACAAAGACUCAGAAGUUUAAAGCCACACUAUGGCUGUGUGAGAACUACCCCCUCUCCCUCCAGGAGCAGGUCGUUCCCAUCAUAGACCUUAUGUCCUCUAGUAAUGCACACUUUAGAAAACUCAGAGACUUUAUAACGUUACAGUUACCGGCAGGAUUUCCUAUCAAAAUCGAGAUUCCCCUGUUCCAUGUGCUCAAUGCAAGAAUUACAUUUGGUAACAUCUCUGCAAUGGAUCAGCCUGUAGAUGGGGUCACGCCUCUCAGGAGUGAGGAUGAAACCAAGUGUAAAUGUGUCGUGGAGGAAUCAUGUUUUGAACCUCCCAGUGGUUACAUCAGGCUAGGUGUCAAAGCCGGAGAUGGCGGAGGUCACCACGGCCGGCUACAGGAUGAAGAUGAUGAACUCCUGCAGUUUGCCAUACAACAGAGUUUGAUUCAAACAGGAAAUACAGAAAAUGACCAGGUGUCAAAACCGCAAUUAACCUUCUGGGAGGCUCUGAAUAACAUACGCCCACCACCUCCAGGCACUGUGGGACCUGAAGAGGCAGACCAGCUCCUCCAGAAAGCCAUCGCAGAGAGUAUAGCCUUGUCUGGUGGUCCAUCCCCAGAGGAUGGAGACCCUCCCAUUGAGACACAACCGACACCACAAAUUCUCAAUGACCAUGAAACACAGAUGCGUGUGGCUCUCCAGCUCUCGCAGCGACAGCAGCAGGAGGACGAUAUCCGUCGGCGGCAGGAAGAGGAGGAGCUGGAAAUGAUUCUCAAGCUGUCACUCACCGAGAAGUGACGUACCAUUGGACGAUAGGACAUAUUUAUCAAACAUUAAUGGCAGUGACUCACAACAUCACCAUGUUGUACAAUGUGACAGUCAUGUGACAAUAUUGUACAUUAUAGCACCACACACGGGGAAACAUGACUUAUGAUAGAGAGAAUGAAACGCCAUGUUGUACACUGUGAGAAAGUCAUGCUGUAGUGACCUGUGAGGUAACAGCCAUGGUUGAUUUUGCCAGCUUGCUUGAGAGUCUAAAUUUGCCUCUGUAUAAAAGGCAGGAUAUAUAUAUAUAGCCCUGCUUCAUGCUAUACCUGUCUUCAGAGACUGCCCUUCAAGCCAAGGUGGUCUCUCAAGUCAGUGGUAUCACAAACCAGGUUGAUGUUAUAUUGGAAAUCUGGAUUGACAUGUAAACUAAUCCUACAAAGUACUAGAAAGGUUGCCUGUGGCUGCAUAAUGAGGUCAUUUGUGAAUAUCAAGGGAGGUAACUUGUGGCUAGAAUAAAACUUCACCUGUGAUUACAGGUAAUUCACCAGUUACUGAAGUCACAUUUAUGUAGGGAAGGAUACUUGUGGUUGAAAAAUGAUAUUCAAUGUAUACAAAUGGUAGUAGUUCAUGAUACAAAGGGAAGUUACUCAUAGUUAAAAUUAUUACUCGGAUACAAAAGGAGGUAAUUUAUGGAUACAAAGGGAAAUCAUGGGUGCAUGUAAGAUGGAUCGAUGAAAGUUUGAUAGUGUGUGCUACGAAAAAUCAAAAGUGGAUACAAAGGAAGUCAGCAAUGGUUGAAAAGGUCAUAUGUGUAUUGGAUAUAUUUGUGUGGUUAACAAAAUUAUUCAAACUUUCUGUUAAGUAUGAAAACAUUUUAUACCACACACAAUAGAAGGUAUACACAUAACCUAUACUGGUAUCAUUAGUGCUGAAAAUGUGCUCCAAUUUUUCUGCUUUUUAGCAUACCAUCAAAUAUGGAAUAGAUAAGACCUUUUCAGUAAAUGGAUACAGCUACAUGUAGUUUAUACUGCACUUGCAAAUAUUUCCACUUUCAAACAUAUUGAUAAACUCACAAAGUAAUUGCAUACAAAAAUUGUUCAUAAAAAAGAGUAUUGAUUCUAUGAGUUGGAAAGACGUUGCAAAACGUGGUUCAAAAUAAGGAUGUAUAGCUGUUGUAGAUCUACCCUUUGAUACCUAUCAUAGACUCGGUUGCCACAAAUUCAUAAGAUGAAAAAAUGCCUUAGUCUUUGAUGUCUUUGGAAUAAUAGGAAAAGUCAUAUUUGCAUGAAGGCCAAACAAAACUAUGUAUGUUUCAGGUUACAUGACUAAAAACAAUAGGGUACAUGACUAAAAACAAUAGGGUAGGUCUGUCAGGAUUUACUUUCAUUAGGGGUGUAAUUUAAGAAAUUACAAAAUUCAUCAAACAUAUUUUUAGGUCUUUUAAAUAAUAACAUGUGAUCUGAAUUUGGUUUU